UAACCCAUGGGCUGUUUGCUCGCGCUAGCUUGUGUUUGCAAAACAAGGCCUCGUCGUAUUGAAUCUUCGUGUUAACAAUCCUUUCUUCUCCCUCUGAAACACAUUUUGCGUGCUUGUCCUACGGCACAGUCUUUCCUUGAAGAACCAUUACGGCAUCAUAUCGCCACCACACUCGCUUCUAUUGUCCUUCAUUAGAUACUACAACAUAACUAUACGCGCACUUAUCAGGUCCUCGACAUCCGCUCCCUUGUCCAGCCCUCUGUUUCUGUAUCCGACUUCCCCGAUUGACAAACAUCGAAAUCACCAUGCGUGUCUCGACGACCUCUGCCCUCGCUGCCGGCGCUUUCGCCACCCUCGGCGCUGCCGCUGAGAACUACCUGGGCUUCAACUCGGGAGCCACCAAGCCCGACAACUCUGCCAAGUUCAAGGAGGAUUUCCUUGCCGAGUUCACCACCGCCCAGGGCCUCGAGGGAGCUCCCGGCAAAUUCGACGCCGUGAGACUGUACACCAACGUCCAAGCCUAUUCCACGAACGACCCUAUUCAGGCCUUCGAUGCCGCUGUGGAGACUAAGACUAAGAUCCUGCUUGGUGUGUGGACCUCAGGUACCGACAGCAUCGAUAACGAGGUGACAGCCCUGAAGAGCGCCCUGAGCAAGUACGGCAAGAAGCUCUCAGACCUGAUCAUCGGUGUCUCAAUUGGCAGCGAGGACUUGUACCGUAUUUCCGUUACUGGACUAAAGAACGAUCCCGAGGGAGUUGGUGCCGGUCCUGAUGUCAUCAUCAAAUUCAUCAAAGAGUUCAAGGCCGAGUUUGCCGACUCUACCAUCUCCGAUGUCCCUAUCGGCCAUGUCGAUACUUGGGAUUCCUGGACCAACGGCACCAACAAGGCUGUUAUUGACGCCGUUGAUUGGAUUGGUGUCGAUGAGUACCCCUACUACGAGAGCGGCAAGGAUAACACCAUCAAGAACUCUGGUACCUUGUUCGACAAGGCCUACGAUGCCACCAUCGCCGCCGCUGGUGGCAAGCCUGUCUGGGUGACUGAGACUGGUUACCCCUACACUGGCAUCAAGUGGGGUGAUGCUGUCGCCAGCGUGGAUAAUGCCGAGUACUACUGGCAGGAAGUUGGUUGCCGCCGCCUCUUCAACAAGACCCCAACUUUCUGGUACAACCUUCGGGAUUCGAACGGAGCCAACAAGCAGAGUUUUGCUAUUACUAACAACCUGUCUACUACGCCCCGCUUCAACCUGACCUGCCCUGAUACCUUCGACACGCCCAGCUCGACUUCCUCGUCUGCCGGUACUUCCACCGGUACCGCCACUAAGCAAACAUCCACCGCUACGUCUGGCUCUGAUGCUUCAUCCACCGGCGUCGUCUCGCCCACUUCUUCUGCUGGCGCUGGAUCUGGAUCUGACUCUGGAUCCACCUCUAGCUCAGCCUCUGGCUCUAACACUCCCACCGAGACUGGGGCCGAGGGCGGUGCUGCUACGCAGUCUGUCGUCCCUGGCAGCGGUGCUUCAUCACUCACCAUGGGUGCCACCUUCCUCGUUGCCGUAUUCGGCGCCGUCUUUGCCUUCUUCUAGGCAUCUCAAUCAACGGCUAUGGUGCAAUGGGCUGGAUGACAUUACCGGUUUAGUACCACCUAAUUUUUUCAACUAGCUGAGCAUUGCAUCAUGGUGGCUUGCGGCGCUUGGAUUUUCUGGUUGCGCUUUUGCGUCAUCAAGGAAUUGGGACAUUAGACAUGCAGCCUGGGCUAUAGAGCAGGCUGGACCCUCGAUAGGUAUAACGGCGCGAUACAUUGAUUUACUUCUUUUAAUAAUUCCUUCUCAUGACCCAAAGUGUGAAAAUGAUUUAUGCUUGCUGAUUAAGGGAUGUAUGUAUUUAUUAGUAGUGGGCAUCUUGGCAAAUCAAAUAAGCGUGAAAUAUCUAGGAAGCUAGCUUAGACGAAUACCUCUCCCUAAACCAAAGUGAAUUCAUAGCAAACCGUAAGUGGACUCGCUUUAUGGGCGUUGUUUUACUUGACUGAUUUUGCGUUAGUCAGGAUAUGAU